GGUGUGUGGUGGUGUGCUGCUCAACAAAACCCGCUUGGGACGAUUCCGAUGCAUUGUAUCACCGCGAACGUUGCUAUCGAUAGUACUUUGGCGCACCCUCGAAAGUGAUGGCGAAUCCGCAUGCUGAAUUUCCGCCCGUGCGACUCUCGGAUAUCGAUGGUUUGUUUUCAGAAAAUGUUCUCGAUUCGUCCAGUGGGAACAAGUUAAUAGAGUUCAUUCGCAACAGAAAUGGCCAGCCAAAACGGCCCAGGCUAAACCAGUUGUUUCGCGAAGAUGACGCACCGAUACAGUUCCGGUUUGAUAACGUCCUGCGGUCGCCGAACAAGGAAACGGAAAAGUCGGCAGACGCUGGGGCAGUGACCGCGGUGGGGUCUGUAACGUCAGAUGUCACUGUAUCGGAUGAUGGCGUUGAGGCGUUACCACCAUCACCACCUGUGCAGAUCGACAGCAGAGUGCCCUCGUUUCUCAGUCCUCGUAGAGGAAUGUCUUCGCUUGUUGCAAGCCCUCGCAACCAACGCCCUGCAACUGCGACCAUCGGCGGAGGCUCACCGAACAGGAGCAGAUUGGGCAGAGUGACGCUGCGUAAUUCUGCCCUCGAAACAAAUCUCAACCGCCUAGCAGUGUUGAAAGAGUGCCAGAGAUCCAACCAGUUGAAGUGUGAAAGAUUACGACAGCUGAUAUCGAGCACACCCAACGCGGGCGAUCGCCAAGAACGAAGCGAUGAAAAUUUCCUGAAUAUUAAAGAGACGAUUUCUCCCAUUUCGGAAAGCCCUCCGCUGAUGCCGUUCAAUAAGCCGGUACCGGCUAGUGCUCCGCAAUCGCCGGUCCCAGCCGCUACUCCCAACUUAGCGAAUGACAGCUUCGUUCCGGCCACACAAGAUCAAGUGGACGGCGAUGAACGAAACAACCGGGCUACAACUCCACCCCGUGAUCAUGAUGUGCUUAUUGUCCCAGAAACGCCUAGUCCAGUACGCAGAUCACCCAGCGUAUGCUCCACGCCCCUCAGUGGGUUGAGGGUAUCACCCGGAGGCCGUUCCGAUGUACGCAGGAAGUCCAUCCAACAGCUGCUGGAGGAGGAAAACGGUGAGGUCCGUGGGGAUGGAAAUGGUUUCUCGACGCCGAGACAAAGCAUUUUAAAGAAACUCGUUCCCGAAGGAUCGACUCCGGUGCGUAAUCGUGUUAGUUUUGCCACAAAGUUGCAAGAGAUUCGCGAAGUAUCCCCGAUCUAUAUAACAUCACCGAGAGAUUCAGAUAUUACAUCGGAUGAAAGCUCCGAAGAAGAAGCUGCAAGAGAACCUAGCGCCAGCCCCAAGCAGUCUAGGAAAGCGACGCCGUCCGCUCGCCAGCAGCGUCGAGGCGAUGUAGAACGAUCUAACGAAAAAUUGCAAUCCUCUGUGGCGCAAAGGAGGCUCGAAUAUGUUACGCGUAGCCCUGAACUGGCCAAGAAAAGUAUGACAGCGACCGGUGGCACAGGGUGCGCUAAAGCGCAACUAGCUACUGAAGGUUCGGAAGGCAACGCUCCUGCGGCGCGCAUCAGCUCACGAGUCAAAUCAGACCGAAAUAAAAGAUCAGGUGAUAACAAGGAACUGCAGUCGCAGAGAUCACCGUUACAAGGGCAACAACAUGUUCACGAAGAGCGUCAAGACAGCAGAGCCCUCAGGUCGCAAGAAACCAUCGGGCAUGUCGAAGAGAUGGAGUGCAACAAAGUUGUAGCUGAUUCAUCGGGUCAUCAAGGAACUGCAACAACGCGGGCAAAUCGAACUAACCGGAAUACGAUUAACAUGAUCAUCGACGAGUGGGAUGAUGAAACAUCGGCCGGAAUUGGGAACAAUUUGAAUGAGAUGCGUAACAACUGCUUAUCGUCGUCUGUGACGAACCCUGUUCCGAUCGCCACUAUCGACACUCCGCGUUCUAUUGUGCACGAGAUCUUCGAACCGCCAUCUGCAUUUGGCGAUGACACUGAUGCUGCACACGGAACUAGUGAGGCACCUGCAAUGGAAACGGAUGGACACCAGAAGGGUCAUGUUUCCCCACGAAAGCGUUCUCCCGAAGCAAGUUUGGCCCCGACCGUUCGUGACGAGGCCACUGUUGACCGGAUAGAGACUGACUCCAUGGUUCGCAGAGACCGGAUCACGAGCGCCUCGCCACACGAUCAAGUCUCAAUGAAAAUGCUCGCUGUGGUGGACGAGAUACUCAUGAACCAGGAAGGUCCACCUGUUAUCACGGGCAGAUGCGAAGACGAACGCCGCACAACGUUAAAUAUGCAAAAGAAGAAGCGCACCACAGCGAAGGUGGAUGAGGAAACGAUCAGCUAUUUCAAAACUGUGGAGGCAGCCUGCAAGGAGAAAGUAGUAGAAAAGGUGCAGAAACGUAAGGAACGUCGCAAGCUGUUCGGUAAGGAGAUGUCUGAGAAUGAAUUGCCAGAAACAGUGGCCGUCGGUGAGCUGACUACGGCGGAACCAAUGUCGAUGGUAGUAGAAGGAGUAAAGGCUCAACAAACACGCCUCGAGAAUGAAAUAAGACCAGUGGAAGUGCAUGUUAUGCGACUCUCAAAAACAACCAUCAAACGGGCCCUAAAUGUCAGCCAGUCGUUGGUAACUAACUCCAACAACAGCACACCAAGGGUGACAGCGGUCCCUCACAGCCCGGUGCAUGAGAAGCAAAACACAGAAACGUUGGAGAAGCGCUCGAAUACGCUCGUUGGUUUGAGCGCGAUAGAGGGGAAAGAAGAUUCAGUUAAGGUGGCCAAACCCUCAAAGAAGGUUGGCAGACCAAAGCCUAAAAAAAAUCCCGUGACAGCGCUACCGAUUACAACGAAAGAUUUAAAAGAUGCUGCGAAUGGGAUUCGCCAGCAGGUGGAUAGCAGCGAGGAUACUAACACCAUUCGUCGGAGUCAUCGUAACCGGCGCAUCCCCAUGGACGUACUGGCCCGUAAUCCGAUGAUAUCGCAAACUGAUGGGCCGAUGUACUGCAAUCCUAAUGUGCAGGAAAUCUUCAAGCGCUGCUGUGAACUACAAAGGGAAAAAAUGCCCAAAAAAUCUUCCAAGAAACGGACGAAAAUUGCGAAAAAACAGUCGGCUGCACCCCCUCCGAUUGAGGAAGCGGGCGGUACUGAGGUCCAUAAUGUUCAUCAGAAAACGAAAAAAAAAUCCCAACCAGAAGAGCAGUUCGACAGUGAAGGCUUUAGAAUUCCGCCGGAGCCGCCAAAGAAGAAGCAAGCUGUCCAGAAGAAACAUCCGAGGCCAACCGAAGAACCACACUUGGCCACCCCUUUGUCUUCUUUGUCAUCAUCUCUCUCGCACAGGAGUGCAUCUCCCAACGGACAUGACUCUGGCCUUGGCUCGGCAGUCAUGACGACCGUUAGCGAGGCGCACACGGUGGUAACCGGUGACGGCGGUUCAGCUGCCGGCAAACCAAUGCAACCAACAAACGCUGGCAACAGUGAGGAUCUUUUGGCGCAGAAACGGCAAACCACGGACUGGAUGCUGAGGUUGAUGGACAACCAGCAGCGACGAAGACCGCAGAAAGUACCAUCGGCGGAAGUAGGCUACCAGCAUUUCUCGUUAGAUCAUUUGGAGUUCAGGCAGCUGCGAGGUGUAGAGUACUCUUUCUACACCUUCUCAGAAACGGAACAGUUUGGGUUCAUCCGGUUACCGCCGAAUGGAAAGAAGAACUUGACGCGUGCAAAAAAAUGUUUGCUGAGGUUUCUCAUCCUCAACGGUUCACUUACUUUCACGAUCGAAAACGGCCAGUUGCAAGUUAAGGGAGGCGAUUUCCUGAUAUUAUCUACUGAUUCUCGGUACGAGAUUCAAAACGGCCCAGAAACGUCUAUACUGUUCAUGAUGAAGACGAUUGUGCCAAAAGACCGCGUGGUGAAAUAGGCGAGAAGUGCUAGGCGAACGAAAAAUUGAGAGAAAGCUAUGAAAAAAUUGUAAUUUUUCCGGUCUAAAUAAAUGUUACAGCGGAAUGGCUUAUGUAUUGGUUUUGGCCUUCGUCCUCACGAAUGCUAAUAACCCGAUUCAUCUAAAGCCAUGUUAGAUACAGUUUGUAGGAAAAAUU